AUGCAAGUGGCAAACACAUGUUGGCUCAGGCGUUUCUAUCCAAAGACAUCUGUGCCAGCUGCCCCAGAUGACUAUCCAGUGAACUUUCGUUCUGUAAAGGAUGUGUACCGCUGGCCAAACAUGUUCUUAGAGAAGGCUGCUUCUUGUUUUGGAGUCAAGUGGGUGGCACAGCGGUUACGCCGUUGGAAGUGGGAGCUCUCAACUGCUUUCAGCGGAGUUGGAUGUGCUGAGAGUGCCGCCAUUAGCUUGGCUGCUGCAGCCAAAGCCUUUUUGAAGAAGCACUUGACAUCGAAUGUUCGUGGCACAAAUCAUGUCCAGCUUAGCUUUGCAUGUGAAAUUGAUGGUGCAUGCCAGCGUGUGCUGCGGUCCACAUAUGGGCACUGUGUCUUCUGUGAUAUCACGAAGCUGAACAUGACCAAGAACUCCUCCUUUUGCAUCACACACCAAAAGAUGUGUCCUAUCCAGCACAAGUUGGAUGAUCCCACUCGUCCGGUUUGCGUUGACUUCAGCCUAAUGGGCCAGAGAAAGAAGCAACAUGGGCCAAGCUACGCAACACACAAAGCCUUCUACGAUGCAGUGAGAAAAAGCAACUGGUCCCUGGUUUUCAUAGAAAAUGUGACAGAAUACCAGGAACAGUUGGUGCAACAGGAGUUGGGCAAGCCGUGGUGCAUUCUUUCAUGUCGCUUGGACCCACGGGUCCUAGGCAUGGGAUGUGCAAGAGCAAGGGUCUUUAUGGUUGCUUAUAGAACUGACAAGCUGGUGUGGGAUGCGCCCUUUGGUUUGAAUGAAUUGGUAGAGUGUCUUCGAGGGCGGGUGGUGAUGACAGCAAAAGAUUACUACUACAUGGACCUCCCCAGGGUGAAGCUUUCGGACGCGAAUGAGCGGAACCUGGCAGACUACAAUUCAGAGAGCCGGAAGCUGCAGUUUCCCGACCUCAACCAGUAUGCUAAAAACGGCCGGGGACGAGGAGAGACAGUUGACAACGCUUUGCCAACCCUGACCACGACCAGUGGAAGACUGUUCUCCCAGGCACAUCACCGUUUCUUGCACCCAGAUGAGAUGCUGGCCAGCCACGCGUUGCCUAUCUCAAAGGACCAGGGAAAGGCAUGCAGGGCUCCAACUCUUGAGCUGGAUAAAGUUCCAUAUACUUCCAAAGUCCACAUGGCCGGAAAUGCCAUCAACAUACCAACAAUUGGUAGUGUGAUGUUGGCAGCUGCUCUUGCAUUCCAGCCAGUUCAGAAGCCAUGA